AUGAGAUUUAAAGACUUCAACUUACAGCAGCGUCGGAACGAUGUGAUCGCGUCUGCUGAAUAUGACGUAUCUGUGGUUGCCAGCACUGGACACUGUACAUGCGAGCUCAGUCCUGUCCCGACUCACACCAUGUACCUCGUAGCAUCAGCCUUCGGCACGGUGAGGCAGAUGUACCGGGGCCUGAACCCGGCAACUCUCUCUGGAGCCAUUGAUGUGAUCGUUGUGCAGCAGCCGGACGGAACCUUCCAGAGCUCACCAUUCCACGUGCGCUUCGGAAAACUGGGAGUCCUGCGCUCCUCCGAGAUAGUGGUUGACAUUGAGCUGAACGGAGAGCCGGUGGAUCUGCACAUGAAGCUGGGAGACAACGGAGAGGCGUUCUUUGGGGAGGAGAACGAGGAGCUGGAGGUCUCUGCUCACCUCUGCACCUCUCCCAUCCCUCGUGGGUCUGAGGAGUCUCCUGAGUCUCCCGAGGGCAUCACAACCAGCGCCGUCAGGAGGAAGAAGCGGCGUAAGAAGCGAGUGAGUGCCCUCAGAGAUGAGAGCUCUUCUGAGGAGAACCAGGAGUGUGAGGAGAACCAGGAGAAGGAGGAGAGGCCCCUGCAGGAGACGCAACUGCAGACCAGUAAGUCCAUCUACUAUUCGCUGUGUGAAGAGACAGAGCAACUGGAAGAAAGCCACGCCCACUCAGACUCCGAACAGUCCCCGAGCGAGACAGCACUUGUGUGUCGGCCCUCAUCUCCCAAGAGCGACUCGGAGCUGUGUGUUCGCCCUCGGACUUCAGGACCUGAGAUCCUGUGGAACUGGGGAGGGUUCCCCACGCCGUGCCAGUCGCAGAGCCCCCCGGUCCACUCCUCCUCUUCUCAUUUCCACACUAUCAAGCGCCAAGAAUCCUUUGACCUGGGGCUCCAAACUCCGGCCCCCAAAGUGGUCCGACCGAAAGCCAGGACCCGAUCCCUGGACUUCAACAACUGCUCCCUGCACCCUCCAGAAGCAACAGAACAAACCCGGCCUAACAUGUGCUCCCUUGGCUCUGGAUUCGACCGAUUCCACCGCGAGAAAAAGGACUCCAUGUUUAGUGAUCACAUCCAAAAUGGCAAACUCGAAAAUGGAGGUCUGAAAGAGGAGGAGGAAGGCUUUAGAGCAGAGGAGCUGAUGCAGAGGCUGAAAGAGGAGGUGUCCUCAGAGACGUGUGCAGUGAACGGAGAGGAGGAGCUGAACAGUGACGGAGAAGAAGCUACGCUCAAGUCAGAAAGUCAGAAGAAAGAGUCUCGCAAUCACAACAUGGGAUCCUCCGACAUUUAUCUGGACAAUCUGUCGUCUCUGGACCCAGAGGAGGUGGAUCUGUAUUUAGCCAAAACGGAUAAGGAGUCCUCCCAGCCUGCAGGGGCGCUCUCGCAGUCAGGCUCCUUCUCUCCUCAGUCUGAAGGCAGUGAUUAUCUCUCAGACUCCAUGUCCUUCAGCCCAGAAGUCAGUUUGUCUCUGUGUGGACCAGGGGACAGCAGCAUCAGCAAAGAGAAAUUUCUUGAGCGGGUCGUGACGUUCCAGGACCUCAGUGAAAACCCCAGCCUCAUCGAUGACCCAAACCUGGUGGUCUGCAUCAACUCUAACUACUACAACUGGGCGGUGGCCGCACCCAUGAUCUUGUCUCUGUCAGCAUUUCAGAAGAACCUGCCCAAGAGCACUGUGGAACAACUGGUCAAAGACAAAAUGUCCAAGAAGUCUGGACGCUGGUGGUUCCCGUUCAGGAGGAGGGACAUUAGAGACAGCCAAAAGAGUUCUAAAGACGACGCAGACGAGCCGCUGAGCUCCCUCCCCCUCACAGUGCACGCAACUCUGGAUGAUGUGGACAGUGACGAAGCGGCCGGUCUGGGACGUUCCGCUUCUCUCCCUCCCCCCUCCUCACCCUCUGCACCUCAGCCCUCUCUCCCCUCCUCCCCCUCUGCUCCUCUGUCCACCAGCCACAGCUUCAGCCGCAAGUCCCUGAGGCUCACCUCCAGACAGAUAGAGCAGCUUCACCUGUUAGAGGGGGAGAACUCGAUGGUCUUCUCUGUGACCACUCAGUACCAGGGCACGUGCCGCUGUGAGGCCUCUGUGUUCCUCUGGAGCUGGAACGACCGCGUAGUCAUCUCUGACAUUGACGGCACCAUCACCAAGUCUGAUGCUCUGGGCCACCUCCUCACCUCCAUCGGAGCCGACUGGACCCACUCGGGGAUCGCCACACUCUACCACCGCAUUCACCAAAACGGGUACCGGCUGCUGUACUGCUCGGCUCGGGCCAUUGGGAUGUCGGCCUCCACCAAAAAAUACCUGAGGCGAGUGAACGACUGCGGGGCCCCCUUGCCCAAGGGCCCCGUGCUGCUGGCCCCGAGCAGCCUGAUGUCGGCCCUUCACAGGGAGGUGAUUGAGAAGAAGCCAGAGGAGUUCAAAGUGGCAUGUCUGGGAGACAUCAGGGACCUGUUCAACCCACACAGAGAUCCGUUCUAUGCCGCUUUCGGGAACAGGACAAACGAUGCCUUUGCAUAUAGCGCAGUGGGAGUUCCAGACACCAGGAUCUUCACAGUGAACCCCAGAGGAGAACUGGUCCAGGAGAAGACCCGCUCCAACAAGUCAUCGUACCCUCGUCUCUGUGAGCAAGUGGAGCACUUCUUUCCUCCUAUCUGCGGUGGCGUUGACGUUUUGCAGUGCCCGGACUUCAGCAGCGCCACCUACUGGAAACAGCCUCUCCCUGCAUUCGACCUAGAUGUACUGCUCUAG